AAAAGCACGUCAAGAAGAAGACCGUGUUUGGCAAUCUGGUGAACGCCCUUGAAAAAAACAACAUGGACAAGAGAGAUAGAAUGAGAGGGAGAGUGGUGUUGAUGAAGAAAAAUGUUUUGGACUUCAACGAUUUGAGUGCCUCCUUGCUCGAUCGUCUUCAUGAGUUUGUGGGAAAACGCGUUUCUCUUCAACUCAUAAGUGCUUCUCAAGCUGAUCCUGUUGAAGGUAACGAGAUGAAAGGUAAACUGGGAAAGCCUGCAUAUUUGGAAGAUUGGAUCACCACAAUCACACCCUUGACCGCCGGUGAAUCAGAAUUCAGGGUCACAUUUGAUUGGGAUGAUGAUUCUAUAGGAACCCCAGGAGCUUUUUUAAUAAGAAAUCAUCACCACACUGAGUUCUACCUGAAAAGCAUGACACUUGAAAAUGUUCCUGGCCAUGGUGUCAUCCACUUUAACUGCAACUCUUGGGUAUACCCUGCACACAAGUAUAAAAAGGAUCGCAUUUUCUUCAGCAACAAGGCAUACCUUCCAAGUGAAACGCCAGAGCCACUUCUUAAGUAUAGAGAAGAAGAACUAGAGAGUUUGAGAGGGGAUGGAAGAGGGACCCUACAAGAGUGGGAUAGGGUGUAUGACUAUGCAUACUACAAUGAUUUGAGUGAUCCAGAUAAGGGUGCAGAAUAUGCUCGUCCAGUUCUGGGAGGUUCCACUGAAUAUCCAUACCCUCGAAGAGGAAGAACUGGUAGACCACCUACAAAAUCAGAUGCCAGAAGUGAGAGUAGAUUGAAUUUGGCCAUGAGCUUGGACAUCUAUGUUCCAAAGGAUGAAAGAUUUGGACACUUGAAAUUGUCAGACUUUCUUGCUAGUGCACUGAAGUCCAUAGUUCAAGUUAUCAAACCUGAGCUGGAAUCUCUAUUUGACAGCACCCCUGAUGAGUUUGAUAGCUUUGAAGAUGUGUUUAAACUCUAUGAAGGUGGGAUCAAGGUGCCUGAAGGUAUACUUAAGAAUGUUAGAGAUAAAAUCCCUGCAGAGCUGCUCAAAGAAAUUCUCCGAACUGAUGGAGAAAGGUUCCUCAAGUUUCCCGUGCCUCAAGUGAUUAAAGAAGAUAAGUCUGCAUGGAGAAGCGAUGAAGAAUUUGCUAGAGAGAUGUUGGCUGGUGUAAACCCUGUUAUUAUUCGCUGCCUCCAAGAAUUCCCACCAGCAAGUAAGCUGGAUGGUAAAGUCUAUGGCAACCAAACCAGUACAAUAAGGAAAGAACACAUUGAGAGCAAAAUGGAUGGGCUCACAGUAGAUGAGGCUAUCAGACAUAAGAAGCUGUUCAUAUUAGAUCACCAUGAUGCGCUGAUACCAUACAUGAGGAGGAUAAACUCCACUUCUACAAAGACUUACGCCAGCAGAACAAUUCUUUUCUUGCAAAACGAUGGAACUUUGAAGCCAUUGGCUAUUGAGUUGAGUUUGCCACAUUCUGAAGGAGACCAAUAUGGUGUCAUAAGUAAGGUUUACACUCCUGCAGAUGAGGGUGUUGAAAAUUCCAUCUGGCAGUUAGCUAAAGCUUAUGUAGCAGUAAACGACUCAGGCUAUCAUCAGCUUAUAACCCACUGGUUGCACACUCAUGCAGUGAUUGAACCAUUCAUCAUAGCUGCAAAUAGAUGUCUUAGCGUGCUUCACCCUAUUCAUAUACUCCUGCAUCCACACUUUCGUGACACCAUGAACAUAAAUGCACUAGCAAGACAAAUCCUCAUCAACGCCGGUGGCUUUUUAGAGGCCACAGUUUUUCCAUCAAAGUAUUCCAUGGAGAUGUCAUCUGUGAUUUAUAAGAACUGGAAUUUCCCUGACCAAGCAUUACCCACAGAUCUCAUCAAGAGAGGAAUGGCGGUUAAAGAUUCCAGCUCUCAACACGGCCUUCGACUUGUGAUUGAGGAUUAUCCGUACGCUGUUGACGGGCUAGAGAUUUGGUUUGCAAUAAAGAACUGGGUUCAGGAAUAUUGCUCCUUUUACUACCAGGAUGAUGACACGGUUAAGGAAGAUCGAGAACUACAAUUUUGGUGGAAGGAGUUAAGAGAGGAGGGUCACGGUGACAAGAAAAAUGAGCCUUGGUGGCCAAAGAUGCAGACUCGUGAAGACCUCGUAGAAGUGUGCACUAUCAUCAUAUGGGUUGCUUCAGCCCAGCAUGCAUCCACCAACUUUGGCCAAUACCCUUAUGCAGGUUUCCUUCCAAACCGUCCAACCAUAAGCCGAAGAUUCAUGCCUGAGGAAGGAACUCCUGAAUAUGAUGAACUUGUGGACAACCCUGAGAAGGCUUUUCUGAAAACAAUCACAGCACAGUUGCAGACCCUUAUAGGCAUUUCACUCAUAGAAAUAUUGUCUAGGCACUCUUCUGAUGAGGUGUACCUUGGACAGAGAGACACUCCUCACUGGACUUGUGAUGUGGAACCAUUGAAAGCCUUUGAGAAGUUUGGAGAAAAGCUGGCGCAAAUCGGAGUAAGGAUUGUGAAAAUGAACACUGAUGGGAAACACAGAAACAGAGUUGGACCAGUUAACAUGCCUUACACUUUGCUUUAUCCCAGCAGCAAAACUGGACUCACUGGCAUGGGAAUUCCCAACAGUGUCGCAAUUUAAAAGGGCUUGCAUAUAGUACCAUGCAUAUUUUUCUACCAUUCUUCCCAAUGAUACUUUCAGCUUUCUGAAUUUUCAUUGUUGUUCUUUUUGCAGACGGUUUCAUUUACUGUUUGUAUGUGUGAUGUAAGAAUAAUUUCUU